AUGGCGGCGUUGAUGUUCGCCAGCGCGAGGUCCUCCGCGUCGACGGACUCCUCCUCCGCGGCGGCCCCCUCCUCCGCGUCCUCGUACCACACGUCCGCGGUCUCGUACCAGCCGUCUGCAGCCGCCUCCACUAUCGCCGCGUCCUCUUCCUUCUUCGCCGCCGCCUCGGCAGCGAUGUGGAGCGCCUUGUCGCCGGCGACCUACCGCGCGUCCGCGCGCUCCUCCUCCUCCAUCUGUGUUAACCUGGACCGGGCGGCGAGGGAGAGCUUGGCCCAAGUGGUCCGCAGAGUGCGCGACAUGGCAACGGAGAGGGUGCCAGAGAAGGUGGAGGGGGAGAGGACGCCGGAGCGGGCGCGCGCGGGAACUUUUCUGCGCGUUCUACCGCCCGCCAUUGUUGUCCCGUCGAGGCCUACCAUGGCGCAGCGCCGCGCAAGGAAGAUGAACCAUGUGGCGUCUUUUUGGGUCGCCGUGUUGGGCGCAUCGUUCGACGAGUGA